CUCAUUCAGUGUACACUUCGUUUUCUUGAACACGGAUUUCCAAUAUAAAAACUUCUUUCUCACCUGCCAAUAUGAAAUCGUAUUUGUUUAUUUACUUUUUCGCUGCUACGCUUUUGGCUACCCAAGGCCAUUACGCUUCGAGGGAUUUUUACAACGACGAAGUUCACGAAGCCCUCGAAAGAAUACCAGAUGAACCUAAACUGCCGAGUUUUGAAGAAAAGCUUAUUGAUGCACGAAUGGUUCAAGAGGACAGUCAUAAUAUGAGUUGUGACUGUGCUAGCGAGUGUAACAAGCUUAACGUUAGCAGGUUGCCGCACGAUGUUCGGGACGAGGACAAAUACCUUAGCUACGAAAACUACCCAGUGUUAUGCCGUGAUGCUGCAGCAAUUUAUCUGCCGCGCCCUCCGCUCGCAAACGAACCGGCCAAGAAGUACGUCUGCAAGCAAGUGUUUGACUGCUGCCGAAGUUGUAACCAUUAUUUUUACACUUGUAUCAAUGACUCCAAUAACGAAUAUGGUCUGUGCAUGCGCGGGGCUUAUAAGUGUAUGUGUGACUGCAUUGAUAACAAAUCCUUCAACGAACUCCCUCAUAUGCCCUGACUGAGAAUCUACACUUUGUAAUAGGCACUGCUAUCUAAGACAGUAACGUAACUAAAGUCAGUUCGAGGUUCGAGUCGAUCGAUUUCUCUGUUUUGUAUCGCUGUUCAUUGCUCUAGAGCUUCUGAUAAAAACUUUGCUGUUUUGAUA